AUGGCGAACGGUAAUUCGGCAGAAGCAAGGCGGUUGUAUCAAGAAAGACAUCGUGAUCGCCAAGUACCACAUCAUAACUUGUUUCAACUCAUUCACCAACGACUAUGGGAAAAUGUCAUGUCUCAGUUUGGAGCCGAAGUUAUGUUUACCGAUGAAGCAUCUUUCUCGAGAGAUGAAGGCAAUCAUCAGCAACAAUUUUCCGUGAAUGUUUGGGCUGGCAUCGUCGGUGAUCAUUUGAUAGGCCCACAUUUUUUACCGAACAGAUUAAACGGUGCAGAUUAUCGACAAUUUCUAGAAGAAGUACUGCCGGAACUGCUGGAAGAUGUACCGCUUCAAGUAAGAGAAAACAUGUACUUUAUGCAUGAUGGAGCUCCGGCCCACUUUAGUUUGGUUGCUCGCCAAUACUUGGACGACGAAUACCAAGACCGUUGGAUCGGUCGAGGAGGUCCCCACCCUUGGCCCCCGCGAUCUCCCGAACUUAAUUGUUUAGAUUUUUUCUUUUGGGGCCAUCUCAAAACCCUAGUCUACGCUACUCCAGUUGAAAAUGUUGAUCAAUUAAGAGAACGCAUUGUUGCAUCUUGCGACAUAAUUCGGAACACUCCGGAAAUUUUCUUGCGUGUUAGACAGUCAAUGCGUCGAAGAAUUGCUGCGUGCAUUGAAGCUAACGGAGGACAUUUCCAACAUUUAAUUUAA